CGUGAAGCGCCCGAGGCUGCCGAUAGCUCGCACCGCGGCCGCCAUCUUGCGAGGUCGAAUGAGGGAGAGGCCAGCCGGAGGGCAGGGCUUAGCCGCUUCAGCCCUGCCGGCGCGGACCCGCCCUAGGCUGCCCGGGGCUCUGCCUGUUCGCUCCACGCUCUCCGCUCUCUAGAUAUCAAAAUGAGUUCCAUGCUGGGCCAUGCUGUCAGGAAUUUCCCUGCCUCCUCAGGAUGGGCUGCCAGGGUCUUUGCUCAAUCAUUCAGCUGCUCGUCGCAGUUACAAGCUGCAGUCCAACCCAAGAGUAAGAAGACCUUAGCCAAGAGUGGUGUGAAGAAUAUCGUUGUGGUGGAGGGAGUCCGUACCCCCUUCUUGCAGUCUGGCACCUCGUAUGCAGAUCUUAUGCCACACGACUUGGCAAGAGCAGCACUGCAGGGGUUACUGAACCGGACCAGUGUCCCACGGGAUGUUGUGGAUUACAUCGUGUAUGGCACAGUUAUCCAGGAGGUGAAAACCAGCAAUGUUGCUCGAGAGGCUGCCUUGGGAGCAGGUUUCUCUGACAAAACUCCAGCCCACACGGUCACUAUGGCUUGCAUUUCUUCAAACCAGGCUAUGACCACAGGUGUGGGCAUGAUUGCAGCUGGGCAGUGCGACGUUGUGGUGGCAGGGGGUGUGGAGCUAAUGUCUGACGUCCCCAUUCGACACAGCAGGAAGAUGAGGAAGACCAUGCUGACCCUCAACCGAGCCAAGACCUUGGGCCAGAGGCUCUCCUUGAUUUCCAGAAUCCGCCCUGACUACUUUGUUCCUGAGCUCCCAGCUGUGGCAGAGUUCUCCACCAGCGAGACCAUGGGGCACUCUGCUGAUCGUUUGGCCGCUGCCUUCGCCGUUUCUCGUUUGGAGCAGGACGAGUAUGCCCUCCGCUCACACACCCUGGCCAAGAAAGCUCAGGAUGGAGGCUUGCUGCUUGAUGUGGUACCCUUCAAAGUGCCAGGCAAAGAUACAGUCACCAAAGACAACGGCAUCCGUCCUUCCUCCAUGGAGCAGAUGGGCAAGCUGAAGCCAGCUUUUGUCAAGCCUUAUGGAACUGUCACAGCAGCCAACUCCUCCUUCCUGACAGACGGCGCUUCGGCGGUUCUGCUCAUGUCUGAGGAGAAGGCUCUAGCCAUGGGCUACAAACCAAAGGCCUACCUAAGGGACUUUGUGUAUGUGUCUCAGGAUCCAAAGGACCAGCUGCUACUGGGCCCAACCUAUGCUACUCCCAAAGUUCUAGAGAAGGCUGGUCUAACCAUGGCUGAUAUCGACGUGUUUGAGUUCCACGAAGCCUUUGCUGGGCAGAUCUUGGCUAACCUGAAAGCAAUGGAUUCAGACUGGUUUGCACAAAACUACAUGGGCAGAAAGUCCAAGGUUGGAGCCCCUCCUCUGGAGAAGUUCAAUAACUGGGGGGGCUCCCUGUCACUGGGACAUCCCUUUGGUGCCACAGGCUGCCGUCUGGUGAUCACUGCUGCCCACCGACUGAAGAAGGAGGGGGGACAGUAUGGGCUGGUUGCUGCCUGUGCUGCAGGAGGGCAGGGCCAUGCCAUGUUAGUGGAGCUCUACCCUCAGUGAGAGGACAAGCAACUGCUGAGGAGCUGCUUCAUCCUCCGUGCCCCUGGCAAUGCUAUUUCAAUGCACUAAUGAGAACACAACAAUCCUUCUUGGAAAGGAUUUUUGGUGGCCUUUGUUUAAAAAAACACCCAACCUUUUAUCUGCUCAGUUGGUAAUUUUCAACUAACAAGCAUGCUACAAGGAAUAACCCACUUCCAGGAGAGAAGAAACAAAUUCUGAUGGCUUUUAGUCUCUUCAAUUUCCAGGAGAGGAAGAAAAAACCUUAAAUCUGCUUCUUAGUCUCUUCAGGAUCCUUGUCUCCAGAGAUUUGAUUUCUGCUGUCACUCUUGAACAAGGAAGAUUUUUCUCUCCCUGAAGAGGAAAACUUAUUCCAAAGAGAAUGAACUCUGGAGAUAAGGAGAAUGUAACGUGCUGGAGGUUGGUGGGGAUGAGUUAAAGUGGCCUUGAGGGGAGUAACAUCUUGUCUCAGGAGGAUUCAAAUGGAGUUGGCUGAUGUGGUUUGUAAGGAGGGAGUCCAAACAGCAUUGGACUUGGUGAAUUGUUCCUGAUAAAUGCUUGUCACUGAGGUUAACAACAAUAAACUGGUGGAAUGAAA